CUCCAUAAGAAAAGAAAUAACGAAAUUGAGGCCGAACAUUGAAGCCAUAUGUGACAGCAUGAAUAGAACUGUACACACUCGGGAAAGAAUGAUGGAGAAGAAGUCCACUGAAGAAGUCCUUGGUCUGUUUCCAUUCCUAAAGCAUCCUAAACUGCUGUUGCACGAAGUAGAACUACGUUUUGGAGUAAACUUGGAACGGAACCUAAUGAGUGGCCUAUCCAGAAUGGUAGAUGCUAUUUUCAGACUUUCUAGUGGGCAUCUUCUAACUACUGUGAUGUCCUACAUUGAAGAUGCUUCAGAUAAGACACGUGGAAAUGGACUGAGAAUGAAUGCUGCAUUGUUGCUGUUGCCAGCUUUGUUUCGAGAGAGGGAAAAUCUGUUUGUUGUUGACCAAGUACCACCAUCACCUACGCCAACUAUCGUUUUCAAGGGAACAACAAGCCCAUUGGCAGCAGAUGACAUCUCUGUUUGUGUUGAUGGAAUUGAGAUACUCAGUGAUUAUCCAGGAAUGGAUAUCACCCUUGCUGUUGAAUGUAUUUUUUCUCUUUAUUUUUCCUUGGGCAUUGAGUAUCCUAAAGCUCUAAAAAAUUGUCUGACUUUCAUGGAAAGGUACUUCAUGAAGCUGAGUAUCUCUGACAAAGUACCUUUGCCAGUGUUAAAGAUGUACAGUCAAAUAACUGCACUUUUACUUGGGGAAUAAUUAUAUUGAUCUGAUGGAAUGCCAUUUUAACAUUUAAUCUGAAAUUAAAUUA